AUGGAGCCACCGUCGAAAAAGCCGCGCAAACUGCUCGAGGAUAGCGAGUCCGAGAGCGACUCAGACAGCCAAGGAGGAGUAACCGUGCCUGCAGACUUCAAAAUCAACGAAGAAUACGCUCGCCGUUUUGAGUAUAACAAAAAGAGAGAGGAGAAACAGCAAUUGGAAGCAAAAUUGGGCAAGAGCUCAACGCGCAAACAAGCCAACGCAAAAGAGGAAUCCGAUGAAGAAGAGGACAGCUCUGACGAUGAGGAGGAAGACGAGGACGGUGAACUGGCCACUGAAGCACUCGAUUCAGAGAUCUUCGCGACGCUAAAUGCCAUUCGCUCACACGACCCGCGCGUGUACGAUAAGGACGCAAAGUUCUACUCCGAAGUGACAGAAACCGAGCUUUCUGCUCCCAAAGACAAGCAAGAGAAGCCCAUGUACCUGCGCGAUUACCACCGGCAAAAUUUACUUAAUGGGGAUGCAGAUGAGUCCGAAGAUGCGCCAAAGACCUUUGUACAGCAACAAGAAGAUCUCAAGAAAAGCGUCAUUGGAGAGAUCAACGCUGCCGAAAACGACCAAAGCUCCGAUGAGGAUGAAGAUGGAGAUUUUCUGGUUGCUAAAUCUCGGCCAGUGGAUAACAAUGGCAUCACAGCCUCGAAAACGCCUGCUGAGGUCCAUCUCGAUGUGGAAAAUGCGGACAAGGACCCGGAAACAUUUCUGUCUAAUUUCCUGACUUCGAGGGCAUGGAUACCCCCCAAAUCAUCCACGCAGUUCCAGCCGUUUGAGUCAGAUGACGAGGAUGAAGAGCAGAAAGCCGAGGAAUUCGAAGAGGCGUACAACUUCCGAUUCGAAGACCCAAGCAAGAUGAACGAGAAAAUCAUGACACAUGCCCGUGACACCGCGAAUGAUUUCUCGGUUCGUCGAGAAGAAACCAGCAGCCGGAAGAAGAAGAGGGAUGCCGAGCGCGAGAAGAAAGAGGAGGCGCGACGGGAGCGGGAGAACCAGAAGAACCGGCUGCGCAGGUUGAAAAUGGAAGAAUUCGAAGAGAAGGUGGAAAAGAUUAAACAAGCUGCUGGACUCAAGGCUGCUAGCAUCACUGAGGAAGAAUGGGCGCAGUUCCUCGACGACAAUUGGGAUGACGAGAAGUGGGAGAAAGAAAUGGCGAAACGGUUCGGUGAAGAGUAUUACGCUGAAGAUGAUAUUGAUUUAAAUGCGGGUGAAGACGACGGAAAGAAGAAGAAACGACCUAAGAAGCCUACGUGGGAUGACGACAUUGAUAUCAAGGACCUUGUGCCUGACUUUGACGACGAGGCCGAGCCCGGUGUCAGCGUUACUGACGAUGAGGAAGGCGAAGACGAGGACGCGGGAAAUGGACCUGCCAAGAAGAAGAGUCGCACUCAAGAAAAGCACGAUCAGAAACGAGCAGCCCGCAAAGAACGACGACGGAUUGAAGCAGCUGUCGAGCGCAACCUGGAUCUCGACCCGACGCUACUACCGGGCGCGACGAAGAAGAACGCAUCCCAUUUCCGCUACCGAGAAACGUCUCCUCAGAGUUUCGGCCUCACGCCUCGCGAUAUCCUGAUGGCUGACGAUGCGCAGUUGAAUCAAUUCGUCGGGCUGAAAAAGCUCGCGGCGUUCCGCGACCCGGAGAGAAAGCGGCGCGAUCUGAAAAAGAUGGGCAAGAAGGCACGGCUUCGCCAGUGGCGGAAGGACACUUUUGGCACUGAGGACGAGCCCGAGUUUGAGCUCAAGCAGGCGCCUGCUGCUGUACCGGAGGAGAAGGCGGAUGAGAUGCAAGUUGAUAUUCGCGAAGGCGGCGGGUCUCGCAAGAAGAGAAAGAGGUCGAAGAAGCAUUAA